AUCCUUUGAAGAAGCCUUUCCAGCCAGAAAUGGAGGCAAACAACCAUUUUAACUUCACUGGCCUUCCUUCUUCACCUGCUGCCUCAGGACUGAAACCAGCGCCUUCCUCAGGGGACAACAUAUACACAAAUGGAUCUCCCAUGAACUUCCCCCAGCAAGGAAAAAGUUUGAAUGGGGACGUGAAUGUUAAUGGCUUAUCUACUGUAGCUAAUGCUAGUACUUCAGGGACCCGCUCCUCAACCACCUCCCACCUCCACCACUCAUACGACUAUCUCUGGAACUACUCGCAGUACCCAUCCGGCAAUGGCAACAACCUCAAGGACAGCCCACUGUUCUCCCAGUAUCCACUGAAUGGUGGUGUUGGAAGCAAUCGGCAAGGCUCUCCAGGACACACCACCAAUCUGAGGGGGGUGGGUGGGCAGGAAUUCUGGGCCAAUGGCACUCCAGGGGCCAUGGGUCUGAACUUUAUUUCGACAGAGCUCUAUGACUCUUUCCCUGAUGAUCAGAAUUUUGAACUCCUGCAAAAUGGCCCGACCAGCUUCUACACAUCAUCUCAGCCUUCCCCCAUGCUUAGCUCUGGCAGCCAGGGUUUCUCUCCACAGCAGGAUGAACCAGGAAAUGAGGAGCCUGUGAAAGAAACUGCAUCUACUGUCUCAGAAAAUGGUACCAGUCUCUUGGGCAGCAUGGAGCUGGAGAGCACACAGCCAGACUUGAAAAUGUGUGGCUACAAUGGGUCUUCUCCUGUUGUUGAGCCACUCAGCCAAGAAGCCUCUGUCUUGGUACCUGAUGCUGGAGGUGGCUGUCUGGAAGAUGCUUCACGGAUACCGCCUCCCUUGGAAGAUCCUUUGGAGCCAUUUGAGUCACUGGACAGAGACCCUGGGACGGGAGACCUCUAUGAGAUGGAUACAUCUGAGCUGGUGAGCGACAAGUCUCCUUUGGAGGACCCACCUGACAUCUCUGCCUUGGAUUGUCCUGGCAGCCCCUCUCUGAACCAUUCUGACUCCUUCAGCCUAUUGGCAGAUGAUAGUCAGCCUGACACCUCACUUUUUGGAAGUGCCAAUUUGCCACCUGUUCUUGAGGAGUCUGUUUUGCAAGACAGCAGCCUGGAGUUGACAGGUGUGAAUGAAGUGGAACAGGAAGACACAGAGUUUCUGGAUUCACAAGAAUCACUGGAACCAGAGAGUCUAGAUGCCACCUUGGAGGAGGUAGUCAACAGUAGCUGCCUAGAGGCCACUGCAUCUCUGAUAAGUGGGGACAACAAAGAGUCCUCAGCACUCAACAUGUCAGCAAAAACAGGUGACCUUCCAAGAAGACGGAUAGCCACAGCAGAUGAGGUGCGCUACCCUUUAAAGCAUGGGUGGCGAAGGGAAGUGCGCAUUAAGAAGGGCAGCAGCCGCUGGCAGGGAGAGACCUGGUAUUAUGGGCCUUGUGGCAAGCGGAUGAAGCAAUUUCCAGAGGUGAUAAAGUACCUGAGCAGAAACAUUGUACAGAAUGUCCGCCGUGAACAUUUCAGCUUCAGUCCUCGGAUGCCAGUAGGAGACUUCUUUGAAGAGCGGGAUACUCCUGAGGGCUUGCAGUGGGUAAAGUUGACACCUGAGGAAAUCCCUUCACGUAUCCAGGCCAUCACAGGCAAGCGUGGCCGGCCCCGCAAUACCGAGAAGGCCAAGGCUAAGGAAAUGCCAAAAAUGAAACGUGGAAGAGGCCGACCUCCCAAAGUGAAAGUGCCUGACCUUCUGAGCAAGACGGAUGCCCGGGUUCUGAAAAAACUGGAAGCCCAAGAGGUACUCAGCGAUGAAGAUAAGCUAAAGAUGAGCAAGAUAAAGAAGAAAGUGAGGCAAAAGGUGCAAAAUAAGCAGAAGCAGGAAGCCAAGGCACCUACUAAGAUCAAAGAGGCUAAAGCUAAGGAAGUUAAAAAAAAGCCCAAGCUAAAGAAGGAGAAGAACAACAAACCAGAGAAAAACAGCAAGCAAGAGAAGACUAAGCCAGAGAAGCCAAAGGAGAAAGUGAAGCUCAAAGAAAAGAUAAAGCCCAAGGGGAAAAAGGUGGCCGUAUCAGCCAAGGUACCUCGGAAAGUGGACAAGAAUCUUCUAGCUCAGCGGCGUCAGGAAGAACGGCAGCGGCAGCAAAUGAUUCUGGAAGAGAUGAAGAAGCCCACCGAGGACAUGUGUCUAGGGGAUCACCAGCCUCUGCCAGAAUUUUCCCGCAUCCCUGGGCUGAUAUUGCCUAGCCAUGCCUUCUCGGACUGUUUAGCCAUUGUGGAGUUCCUACACAGUUAUGGCAAGGUUCUUGGCUUUGAUGUAUCCAAGGAAGUUCCCAGCUUGAGCACCUUGCAAGAGGGGCUUUUCAAUGUAGGAGAUAGUUUGGGUGAAGUGUUGGACCUCCUGGUUAAGCUGGUGAAAGCUGCACUCUACGACCCUGGCCUGCCUCCCUACUGUCAGUCACUGAAGAUCCUUGGUGAGAAACUUUCUGAGAUAAGUCUGAACCGUGAUACUGUGUCAGAGAUUCUUCGUUGCUUCCUCGUGGGUUAUGGGGCAGAUGAGGAUCUGUGUGAUAGCUUGCGCACUAAACCCUUCCAGGCACUGCCCCCAGACAGGAAGGCUUCUGUCCUGGCUUUCUUGGUCAACGAACUUAACAGCAGUGCCCUUAUCAUCAAUGAAAUUGACAGGACUCUGGAGAACAUGUCCAACCUUAGGAGAAACAAAUGGAUUAUUGAGGGCAAACUGCGCAGGUUGAAGAUUGCCCUAGCCAAGAAGACAGGACGGCCUGAGUCAGAAAUCAGUGGCUUGGAGGAAGGCCGGUGGAGGCGGAGCUCACGAAUCACAGAGGAGAAUGAGGACAUGGAAGAGGAGGAAAGGACCAGAGUGUACAAGACCCGAAAAGAUAAUGAGAAUGACACUCCAGUUUUCAGUGUGCCUGAACUGGAAAGACAGAUUGAAAAGCUUUCCAAGCGCCAGAUGUUCUUCCGCAAGAAGAUACUACAUGCCUCACAGUUGUUGCGGGCUUCAUCAUUUGGGCAGGAUCGAUAUCGACGCCGGUAUUGGGUUCUGCCCCAUCUGGGUGGGAUCUUUGUAGAAGGCUGUGAGGCCUCAACAGCUUCACCCAAGAAUGUGCUGGAGAAGGAAGAGGCUUCAAAGGAGGAGGAACAUGAACUAUCACCAGUCAAGAAGGAGACCACUGAGACACCAGUCAUUGAUCACAUGAACUGCACAGCUUCAUGGUCAUGGAGCCGGCCAUGGAGGGACAAUGUGGGGUCGCUGCAAUCAGAGCCACUCCAUCCCAAGUUGGAUGAGUCCAUGCCCAUCAAUGGAUAUUUGGAGGACUCCCUGUCACUGGGCCAGUCGCAGCAUGACCUCAGUCAGUCAGCCUUCCUGUCCUGGCUCAGCCAGACACAGCAGGCAUCUUCACUGCUUAACAGUUCUGUGCUCACCCCAGACAGCAGCCCUGGUAAAGGGGACCCAGCCCCCCAAAAAGAACUGCCAGACUUUGCUGCAGAGGAUGAAAGUGCCACAGAAACUCAGGUCACCUGGUUCAAUAUGCUGCCCAGGGCAUCCUGCAAUGACUCUCCCCUUGCUAUCUCCAUUGACCACCCCUCUCCAAAAGCUGCUGCCCAGCUGUGCAAGCCUCCAGCCAGGGACCAGCCAAAGGCUUCAGCCCGGCAGCUGAAUGGCUUCUCCUCAGCCAGCUCAACAUUGCCACUGCUGGCCUCCUCUCCUCUUCAUUCUGGCUCCAGGAGUCACAGUACUAGAGCCAGGGACACCCCCAGUAAGGCCCAGGAAUCUCUAGGACAGCCCAGACGACGGGGGCGCCCCCCCACUAAACUCUUCAAGCAAAUUGAACAGAAGUACUUGACACAGCUGACAGCACAGCCUAUACCCACAGAGAUGCAGAGUGGCUGGUGGUGGCUGCAGGAUCCAGAGGAGCUGGAGGCUAUAAUGCAAGUACUGCAUUCACGAGGGAUCCGUGAAAAGGCCUUGCUUAAGCACCUCACCAAGCACAAGGAGUACUUACGGGAGGUGUGUGCCCGAGCUGCCAAUGAUCCCAUCUUCCAGACUCAUCCCGAGGGUGCUGGCCACCCUGUCUCCCAGGAAGCCUUGGCCCAGUGGUCAAUGGCUGAGCGAGCCUUUGAGACGGACCUUUCUGUGCUUCAGUGGGUGGAGGAACUGGAGCAGCGGGUGCUGAUGGCUGACCUGCAGAUUCGAGGCUGGACAAGUCCAGAUCCUGAUUCUCUUCGGAAUGACUUGCGGUACUGUGAGCACAAGCUGGAGCAUUUGGAAGAUAUAACUGUAAAAAAUCGGCGUGAGGGACCAGCUCUGCACCGUGAAGCUACCCACCCUCUAGACUUAGCAGUGCUCCGGCUGGCAGACAUGGAGCAGAACCUGGAGCGGAGAUACCUCAAAGAGCCCCUCUGGCCCCCACAUGAGGUGGUGGUAGAAAAAGCUUUGCUGAGUAAUCCCAGUACCCUGGAGCUGGGAACCACGGAAAUUGCAUAUGAAAUCACAUCCCGGAUGCGGAUGUGGCGCCAGACACUGGAGCGAUGCCAUAGUGCGGCCCAAGUGUCUCUCUGCAUUUAUCAGCUGGAACGUUCUAUUGCUUGGGAGAAAUCAGUUGUCAGAGCGACUUGCCUAGUGUGCCGAAAAGGGGAUGAUGAUGAGAACCUGCUGCUAUGCGACAGCUGCGAUCGUGGCUGCCACCUCUACUGCCACCGGCCCAAGAUGACUGAGGUGCCAGCCGGUGACUGGUUCUGCUCCCUCUGUAUUGCUCAGAUGCAAGGAGAAUACCAGGAUGAUUAUGGCUCUCUGCGGCGGGGCAAGAAGCGGAAAGCAUAUAGUACUGGCACUAUUUUAGGGAAUGAAGAGCUCCACCCUCGGUCCCGGGUAGCAGCAUCCCAGCAACGCAGUAACUCAGCCAGUGUACCACACCAAUACUCGGGCGAAGGCCUCUCUCCCUCCAAAAGAAGAAGAGUGUCAACACGAGGCCAGUGCGCUGACCUUACCUUCUGCGAAAUCAUCUUAAUGGAGAUGGAGGCACAUGAGCAUUCCUGGCCCUUCUUGGAACCUGUCAACCCCCGGCUGGUGCCUGGCUACCGGAAAAUCAUCAAGAAUCCAAUGGACUUUGCCACCAUGAGGGCACGGUUGCUACGGGGCGGGUACACGAGCUGUGAGGAGUUUGCUGCUGAUGCUGUCCUGGUGUUUGACAACUGCCGGACCUUUAAUGAGGAUGAGUCAGAGGUGGGCAAGGCAGGACUGGCCAUGCGCCAGUUUUUCGAGAGCCGGUGGGAGGAGUUUUAUCAGGGAAAACAUGAGACAAACCCAUGAAGCGGGCAGAAUGGGAGAGGUGAGAGGUGCCCAUGCGGAAGACCUUCCCUUUUUACCCUGUGCUGCACAUUGUCUCUUCUGGAGUUCAUCCUGCUACCAGCUGAUUUCUUGUUUUCCCUCUCACUAUGACUGGACU